CUCCUGAUUAAUCCUUCCUUUAAUCAAACACACAACCAAGAUCCUGAAUCCUGACAUACCUGCACGGCUGCACCCUCUUGUCUGGGGCUUGACGCAGCGCCCGGUGUCCCAGACUGCUAUUAAUUCCCGGGGUUUGCCUCAAUUAUUGCAGACCUGUUUGAAAACGGAACCCCCUCCAAAGAAAAGAAGCUUGAGACUUCGGAGUUCUGUCGCUUUGGAAAUGAAAAUGGCCCAGAACUGUAUAGGAGGAGCUCUAAACCCUCCCAAAAUCCUCACGCCAAAAUGCAUACCAAUCAGCCAUCCAAACCCUUCAUCCCUCUCGUCAUCUUCUUUGCGUAAAUUCAUCCUAACAAAAUCCAAGAAGUACCUUCCUCCGUCAAUUUGUAUCUCUGCAUCAAUGUCAUCAAGCCAGCAGCACCAACCGCCGCUUUCUCUUGAGGCCUUGAAAACCAGUGAACGCAGAAACGAAGUCUUGAAUGCUAUCCAGAGCUCAUUAAGCAAUUGUUUAUCUGUAACCCAUCUUGAUUUAACAGUUCCUGGUCUUAAAUCCAAAACCAGAGGCAAGGUCAGGGACAUUUAUGAUGGAGGAAAUUAUCUUGUGCUGGUAACAACAGAUCGGCAAAGUGCAUUUGACAGAGUUCUUGCUUCAAUCCCCUUCAAGGGGCAGGUGCUUAAUGAGACAAGUUUGAGGUGGUUUAAUAAAACUCAGCACAUUGUUCCAAAUGCAGUUGUAUCUGCACCAGACAAGAAUGUGACCAUCGCAAAGAAAUGUUCAGUAUUUCCUGUUGAAUUUGUUGUUAGGGGUUAUGUGACUGGAAGCACUGAUACAUCAUUGUGGACUGUCUACAAAAAAGGAGUUCGGAAUUACUGUGGCAAUGUACUUCCUGAUGGAAUGGUGAAAAACCAAAAGCUACCAGAAAAUAUUCUCACACCAACUACUAAAGCUGCAGAUCAUGAUGUUCCUGUAACUCCGGAUGAGAUAAUUCAGCGUGGUUUAAUGUCUAGAGCAGAUUACGAGGAAGCAAGUAAGAGGGCACUACAGUUAUUUCAAUAUGGUCAGCAGGUGGCAAUGAAACAUGGCCUCGUAUUGGUAGACACCAAGUAUGAAUUUGGUAAAGCACCUGAUGGUACUGUGCUUCUAGUUGAUGAGGUGCAUACACCAGACUCGAGUAGAUAUUGGAUUGGUCAUUCUUAUCAAGAACGCUUUUGGAAUGGCCUUGAACCAGAAAAUGUCGAUAAGGAGUUCUUGAGGCUAUGGUUCAAUGAUCAUUGCAACCCAUAUGAAGAUAAGGUCUUGCCUGAUGCUCCAGAAGAACUGGUUUCUGAAUUAGCUUGGCGAUAUAUAUUCUUGUUUGAGACAAUAACAAAUUCAAGUUUUGAAAUACCUACAACAAAGGAGCCAAUACAUGAUCGAAUCACCCAAAAUGUUUCACAAGCGCUGAAGUCUCUGUCAUAGUGUCAGAGCUUCUUGAGGUGUUCAAGGCUUAAAUGUCAUGAUUUUCUACCAGUAGGAACAGCUGCAGCAGCGAUCAGCACUUCUGUAAUUUAGCAUGCUCAACAGCUCUAGCUGACUGCUAUGAAUGGCUCAGUUUUGCCUAUUAUGAGUUUGUAGAUGGAAGCUUGAUUCCUAGUGCUAAGAUCUUGGUUCGUUUGGGGUCACAGAACUUUUAGGUUUCUUUGAGGGGGCAAUAGGAAAGUAAGAAAAAACAAAAUGUGGGUUCCAGAGGAACUUUCUAGCCGAGCAGGUACUAAUGUUGUGGUGGUGACUGAGAAGCAAGCAGAAAAUGAUUCCUUUCUUAUUUUUUCCAUUCUGUUCUCUGUUACAGUCAAUGAUGAAGAAAGUAGAAGUUUGGAUGAAA